GCAGUUGUAUGAGUGUUCAGUCGAGGUAGUGCUAUUUCACUAUAAAUACCCACGUCCAUGAAUCGAACACACAAGGCAACGACCCCCAGACAGCAUCACCUUCACAUCAUUUUUACAAGUUCAAUCCAACUUUUCCAACCAUGAGCAAGCCUUCAGUUCUCAUUAUUGGUGGUGGCGUUUUUGGAACGUCGACAGCCUACCAUCUCGCAUUGCGUGGCUACGAUAAUGUCACCGUGGUUGAUCGCUUUGAUGCGCCAUCCAGGGACUCCGCUGCAACAGACCUCAACAAGAUCAUCCGCACUGACUACCCCAACCCGUUGUACGCGAAACUUGGCCUUGAAGCCAUGAGCGUGUGGAGGGAUCCCAAGUCUCUUUUCUCCGGUAUGUAUCGUGAAACAGGCUGGGUCAUGGGGGCGCACGCUUUGGCAAGAGGGUGGCUACAGAGUGUGCUGGAGAUGGCGAGAAAGACCAAUAGAGACGGCGUGACGUACAUGUCUGCCGAUGAGCUGAAGGCAGAGUGGCCGGCUCUGACCGGAGAUUUCCCCGAUUGGACAAACCUGUACAGUCCAGCGGCGGGAUGGGUACCCUCUGCAAAAGCGCUCCUGCAAAUGGCAACUGCCGCCCAAGGAAAUGGGGUCGAAUACAUUGUCGGAGAGGCCGGCCACAUCAAAGAGCUGUGGUAUGAUGAAGAUGGCUCAUGCAGAGGCGCGAUUGCGGCCAACGGGAAAGUUCACCAGGCUGAUCUCGUUGUGGUCGCGGCUGGUGCUAACCUUCCAGCUCUCGUGGAUGGUGCAAAAAGCGAUGUCGUAGCCAAGACGUCCGCUAUCUGCGUCAUCCAGCUUGAAAGCCAUGAGAUCGAGGAGUAUCGCGACAUUCCCAUCAUCGAUAACUUCGAAAAGGGCAUCAUCUUCCCACCUGAUGAGAAUGGUCUCAUCAAGAUCUGCAGCGCUCGACUGAUUAGCAACUUCAAGAAUCACAGCGUUUCUGGGGCUUCCAUCCUCCACUCAGUCGGUGACCAUCCGUAUGACGGCUGCCCCAGCGAGCUUGAGGAAGAGAUAAGGCAACUUAUCCGUGAAACGAUACCAGAGCUGGCGGACCGACCUUUUGUCACGACAAGACUAUGCUGGGACGGCAUGGCAACGGAUCUAAACUUCAGGAUCUGUCCCUUCCCCGAGACCAAAAAUCUCUUCAUUGCAACUGCUGGGUCGAACCACGGCUUUAAAUUCUUGCCCGUCAUUGGGCAAUACGUGGCCGACAUGCUGGAGGGCAAGCUGGGUCCGGAGUGGGUAGAUCUCUGGAAGUGGAAAUAUGGAAAGAUCCCCGCCAAUUUCCAAAAUGCUUAUCCAUGGCCUGUGCGGGACCUCUCGGAGCUGACUGGCUGGAAGGGGAGAAAUGUUCCUGGGGCCGGAAAACUGCCUUGGACUUGGAGCCGCCUCUGAUGAGCCAAUGUGAGGAAACUCGAGGUGAUUAUGAUAGAUCUAAGACAGCACGACCUUGAAUAUGCCCCUCCUCCAUCUUCCGAAAGAUAGCCUCCACAUCGUCCAUCGGGUAGACGACGACAUCAGGUUUCACCUCUCCACGAACCACAUAUUCCAAAGCUUCCGCAAUAUCAUCUCGCGUGCCU